AUGACGGGGAUCUCUUUGGGUAGGCUGACGGAAGAACGAAAAGCUUGGCGGAAGAACCAUCCGCACGGAUUUGUCGCCAGACCAGAGGCAAAAGAUGACGGCUCGACAGACAUGAUGACAUGGAAAUGCGUUAUACCUGGAAAGAAGGACACGGACUGGGAUGGUGGCCAUUAUCCGCUGACGAUACACUUUACGGAAGACUAUCCAUCGAAGCCGCCAAAGUGCAAGUUCCCUCCAGGCUUUUUCCAUCCGAACGUCUAUCCGUCAGGCACGGUGUGCCUCAGCAUUCUCAACGAAGACUAUGGCUGGAGACCAGCUAUUUCUGUGAAGCAAAUUCUUGUUGGUAUUCAAGAGUUGCUUGACCAGCCAAACCCUGCCGAUCCAGCUCAAACGGAUGCAUACCAGCUCUUCACUCAGGACACUGUGGAGUAUAAAAAGAGGGUGAGGGAGCAGGCAAAACAAUACCCUUCUCUCAUCUGA